AUGCAAUCGAUUUCGUCUACAGACUCAUUACAAUCAUCGCUAUCGGCACUGAUCGAUCGAACAACCUUAUGGGAUAAUUCACCUAAAAAUGAUGAUAAUAAAAACGACAAAUGUGUUGCACCAUUGAGCGACAGUGCAUGGCAAUCGGUUAGUUUACUAAAUGAUUUAAUUGAAUCGAAAUAUGGCUCGAAUACGAAUAAUAAUUCAAAUACUAGCGAAUUAAUUCCAUGGACUAAUGCUGAUUUAAAACAAUUAGACAAUUGGAUUGAGCAAACACUAGGAAAAUAUGACAGUACACCAAUCUCUUCAGCAGGAGAUUUACAACAAGGAAAUACAUUUGAACAUAUUUGUCUAUGGGAACAGCAAUGUCAAAAUUUGUACAAUGAUGUUAAUGAAGCAGUUAAAUAUUUAGAUACACUUCAUGAUACAUAUACAAAAGUAUCUUAUAAGACGAAUUCCCUUUAUCGAGCUUGUGAACAAUUAUUAGCUGAUCAGACAAAAUUAUUAAAUAUUACAGAAUGUAUUGAAAAUCGUCUAUUGUACUUCGAUGAUGUUGAUCGAUUUUCUAAAAAUCUUUCAAUCAGUCCAUUAGUCUCUGAUGUCAAACAAUUAAUUCCAACAUUAACGCGUAUAGAUGAAUGUCUUGCUUAUUUCGACACGCAUGAUUCAUUUAAACAAUCUCUGAUUUACAAAAGUCAAAUGAAACAAGUUUUAUUCAAAGCAUUAAAUAUCAUCAAAGCACAUAUUAUUCAUAUCUUACAUAAUUCUUCAAAUACUAUAGAUCCGAACAAGAAUCAUACGCUUUUAUCCGACGAUGCUUAUACUUUAUUUUAUGGACGGUUUCGGAUAAAUGCGCCAAAAGUAAAAGUAUUAGCUGAAGAACUUGAACAACGAUGUUCGAGAAAUUCUGAAUACGAAAAAACACUUUCCGACUGUCAUGAAUGUUAUGCUAAUGAGAGACGAAUGUUAUUAGCGGCAAGUGUGCAAAGUGCUAUUCAAGAUUUAGCGAUCAAACAUGAACGAGAUAUGUGUACAUUGGUUCGUGGUGGUUGCGCAUUUUUAUUGCAUCUUUGUCAAGAUGAAUAUCAACUUUUUUAUCAAUUUUUUUCAAAACAUUCAGUAUACUUAGAUACAAUGCUCUCGGAGUUUUGUAACGUACUCUACGAUAAUCUUCGUUCUCGUAUUAUUCAUGUGAUUCAUUUGGAAACUCUUGCAGAACUAGUAACCAUCUUGAAAGUUGAAAUGAUCGAAGAACAUGUGAAAAACAGUGCAAAAGAAUUGUCAACAUUUGAAACAGUAUGCACACAGAUGCUUGAAGAUGUUCAAGAACGACUUGUAUAUCGUACACAAGUUUAUAUACGCAAUGAAAUUCUUGGUUAUAAGCCAUCGCCUGGUGACAUUGCUUAUCCGGAAAAACUCGAAAUGAUGCAGAAAAUUGCUCAAUCACUAAAAGAACAACGUGUAUCAAGAUUAAAUUCUCAAUCUUCUGUUGACUCAUCUAAUGACAUCGUUUUCGAAACCAUACCUGGUACGGACCUGUCGGUUAUUUCAACUUCUAUGUCAACAAAAGAUGGACAGGUGUCGUCACCGGCUGACCUUCAUGGCAUGUGGUAUCCAACUGUACGACGAACACUUGUUUGUUUAUCAAAAUUAUUUCGUUGUCUCGACCGUAAUAUUUUUCAAGGUUUAUCUCAAGAAACGCUAACAAUGUGUGUUCAAUCUUUAAUCGCUGCAAGUGAUCUUAUUACGAAAGGGAAAACACCUAUAGACGGUCGGCUGUUUUUAAUAAAACAUUUACUUAUACUACGCGAACAAAUCGCACCAUUUAAUGUUGAUUUUGCUGUUAAAGAAAUGGUUAUCGAUUUCACAAAAUUAAAAGAAGCAGCGAUGAAAUUUCUGUCGAAAAAAUCCAAAUUAUUAUCUAUGAAUCGUGAUAACGCAUUUUUAGACUUUCUUCUUCAAGGCACAUUACAAGUGAAAGAAUCAUUUAUUGAUUCUAAACGUGAAGUUGAUAAACAUUUAAAGCAAACAUGUGAAUUAUAUAUAGCAGAUUUAUCCCGUCUAUUAUGCGGGACAAUAAGACAAUAUUUAGAGCGAGCACAAGUUAUACUAAAAAUGAAUCAUGAUCAAAAUAAUACACAGAAAGUUUCAUUAAGACAACAACCCUUUGCUAAACCUGAAGUCAUGCAUGAUCUUAUUAUAGAAAAUUAUAAUUCAAUGAAAAAACAAUUACCCGAUAUAUUCAAAAUUAUGUCACUUUAUUUAGCAAAUAAAGAUACGGAACAAAUAUUAUUUAAACCUAUUAAAAAUAACAUACAGCAAGCAUAUCAAGAAUUAAUUAUUCUAAUUCGUGAUCAGUAUUCUGAAGAAGAUCUUCAGAUUAUCGGAUGUCCAUCGCAAGAACAAAUAAGUCUACUGAUUUCAACAUCGUCAUCAAAAUGA